GAUCUAUCUCUCUCCUUAAUUUCUCAGAAUAAUAAAAGUUUGCUCAGUAGUUUGUUAAAAGUAUUUUCGAAAAAUGGUAGUGACGAGCACAAAAUUAGAGGGUAGUGAUGAUGAGGAGGAACACGUCCACUCGACCUUCGCUUCCAGAUAUGUCCGCACCUCUCUUCCCAGGAAUAAGAUUCCGAGCGGGUUGAUGCCGAAGGAGGCGGCGUAUCAGAUAGUGAACGACGAGCUGAUGCUGGACGGGAACCCUCGCCUGAAUUUGGCCUCGUUUGUGACGACUUGGAUGGAGCCGGAAGUCGACAAGCUUAUAAUGGCCGCCCUCAACAAGAACUAUGUCGACAUGGACGAAUACCCGGUCACCACUGAGCUCCAGAAUCGGUGUGUGAAUAUGAUUGCUCAUCUCUUCAAUGCGCCGAUUGUUGGUGACGAUGGAAAUGCGGUUGGUGUAGGCACAGUGGGUUCGUCGGAAGCCAUAAUGCUUGCCGGUCUUGCUUUUAAAAGGAAGUGGCAAGCAAAGAGGAAAGCUCAAGCCAAACCUCACCAUCGGCCUAACAUUGUCACGGGGGCUAAUGUGCAGGUUUGUUGGGAGAAAUUCGCGAGGUACUUUGAGGUAGAAUUGAAGGAAGUGAAGUUAAGUGAAGGUUGUUAUGUGAUGGAUCCGGCUAAAGCAGUGGAAAUGGUGGACGAGAACACGAUAUGCGUCGCGGCUAUUUUAGGCUCGACGCUAACUGGCGAAUUCGAAGACGUCAAACUCCUUAACGAGCUCCUAGCGAAAAAGAAUGAAGAAACCGGUUGGGACACCCCGAUUCAUGUGGAUGCCGCUAGCGGAGGUUUUAUUGCCCCGUUUCUUUGGCCGGAGCUCGAGUGGGACUUCCGAUUGCCGCUUGUGAAGAGCAUUAAUGUGAGUGGUCACAAGUAUGGGCUUGUUUAUCCGGGUGUUGGGUGGGUCGUGUGGCGGAGUAAGGACGACUUGCCGGACGAGCUCGUGUUUCAUAUCAACUAUCUCGGAUCCGAUCAGCCGACUUUCACCUUAAACUUCUCCAAAGGAUCUUCCCAGAUCAUCGCCCAGUAUUAUCAGUUUAUACGACUUGGCUUCGAGGGCUACAAAAACAUCAUGGAAAACUGCAUGGAAAACGCGAGGUUGCUGAAAGAAGGGAUUUCAAAGACAAACAUGUUCGAAAUCUUGUCCAAGGACAUUGGAGUUCCACUCGUGGCCUUCUCUCUCAAGGACAGCAGCAAGUACACUGUUUUCCAGAUAGCCGAGUCUUUGAGGAGGUUCGGGUGGAUAGUGCCAGCUUACUCUAUGCCGCCAAAUGCCGAGCACAUUGCUGUUUUGCGGGUUGUGAUUAGAGAAGAUUUUAGCCACGGGCUUGCGGAGAGGCUCGUUUCUGAUCUCGAGAAGGUAGUGAAGGAGCUGGAGGCAUCGCAUUUGCCGCCACGUGUAGGGAAAAGUGAUGCUUUGAGUCGGGAAAAAAUUUGUAGCUAUUGGAGGAGGAUUUCGGACAAGAAGAAAACGACCGGGGUUUGUUAAAAGAGGGAGAGAGGGUUGGUUUUAUGCAUGCAAGCUGUUGGGUUUUUCCUAUAUAUGUGGAGACUAGGAUUUGCAGGAAGUUUAGUUAUUACUUGAUGUGUCUUUGAAUAAGGUGGACAUAUGUUUGUAGUUAUGAGUUUCAAGAUAUGACAUCAAUCUUCUGGCUGAAGAAGCUCAAACUGAGUGGCUAAAGACACUUGAUAUUAAUAGCAAUGGUUGAAUUUGCCUUGACAUCUUGAGCAGGGCUCCCCUGCCUUGACAAAUGAUGAGAACCCCUGUGAACUCGGAGUCUUAUGCACCAAGGGCCAAGGUGGAGAUUGUUGGUAUUUAUGGUCCAAAUGAGAUUAAUUGCUCAUUUAAUUUUCAAUGGCCCAAUUCCUUUGGCUUGAGCCUAGUCUUUGAAGUCCACUUGAUCCCUGCGAUUUUGGCCGUCGUCGUCGUCAAGUGUUUUAAUCUUCACCGUUGGUUAUCGAGCUUUCUUUACAUUCUCUCUCAAAAUCUCAACAAUAUGCUCUCUCGCCCGUUCUCGACUUCAUGUGUCCAAUCGAUCCAUCUCAUUCGUGUAUGUGAGGAUCCUGUGCUCGACCUUUUUCUGCUUCGGGGAGGUUACGAGCAGUUUGUGACGGAGUUUUGUGCACUGGCCGGUGGUGUUACCGUUGGGCUUCUAGAGCCAGACUUAUUUUGGCUAUGAGCCUAAUCGUAUUCGGCAUCAUCGUGGCUUUCGGGCCCCGUAUUUGAACUCGGUGAAGAGUGUAUUUGUUCUAAUUUGUUUCUUA